AUGUCUUCAAUCACCAUAUCAACAGACAAUCCCUUCCAGAAGCUGAUCACUGAAACACAGGAUGACCCGGCACAAUUGCAAUACUCAUACGAGAAUCAUCGCGUCAAUCGCAACGCUCAGCAGCAAGCGAUUAUCCUCGCAGAUGACUUUCCAGGCUGGAAGGUAGACGAUAUUCUUAUGCGACUCGAUGGGCCGAGGAAGGAAGAUGACUACAUCGAUCCUCGCAAUUGUCUGGUAUUUUGGGGGCGCCCACCCUCUCCAGUCCGCGACUUGAUCGCGUACGUGCAAGAUGAACUGAAGGCUGUUGCACCUUCGCUCUGGACAAUGCCCUUGCAGAACCUACACAUUACAGUACUGGAAGUCGCGCAUUCCUUGACCAAGGAUGAGAUUGAAGGACUUGUCCAAACUCUGAAAUCUUCGACAGAAGUCACCCCGAAUCAAAUCUCCGAGUAUCCAACGAGUCAUAAGACGCGUCUUCUCAAGCCCAUCGUUAGCUUCGACUCCGCCGCACUGGCCCUCAGCUUUGUUCCGGCUGCCGGUGAGCCUGCAAGGGGCCAAUCAAGGGGUGCAAGUGAUGAUUACAGCUACCACCAUCUUCGCCGCGACAUUUUUGAUCUUACUCGACAAGCAAAUCUUCCAGUGGCUUCUCGUUACGUUGUCCCCUCGGCGCACCUCACCAUCGCCCGGUUUAUCAACCAUGAUGGAUUCCUUAUCGAGGAAGGGGAGAGGAAGGGUCAAAUUGACCGUUCGCGCGUGAAGAUUCUAAUUGACAAGAUUGAUGAGAUCAACAAGAAACUCGAAUCUGAAUAUUGGCCUCAAGCCGAUGGUACUAUCCGUGAGGGUGGUGAAUUUAUCGUGGGAGGGAAAAGGGGGUUGACGAUGAGGAGAAACCGCGUUUGGUAUGGGGGUGGCGAGGACAUGUAG